AAUUUGACGUUGGCGAGCCUGCGCAAUAAUAUCACGAGCGGGUUAUGUGACGGCGUGAGCACUCUUUUAAUGUUCGCAUUUGUAAUUACUGACGAAUCACAUUCUAUGCAACGUUACCAACUUCUUUAGUGCCCUUUAUUUGAUCGACAUGCGGCGAAGUAAGACUGAAGUCGACCGGUAUGUGGCCUCCGUACAGACGUCGUCUCCCUCACUCAAAGAGAGGCCUGUCAAAGGAUUUUUAUUUGCUAAACUAUACUUUGAAGCAAAGGAGUACGAGAUGGCUAAAAGACAUGUAUCAGAGUAUCUAAAAGUCCAAGAGAGGGAUCCCAAAGCACACAAAUUCCUCGGACAGCUCUAUGAACGAGAGGGAGAUGUCAACAAGGCCGUAGGAUGUUACAAGCGCUCUGUGGACUUGAACCCAGUCCAGAGAGACCUGGUGCUGAAGGUGGCUGAGUUGCUGGUCACCAAAGAGGACAGCCACAGCAGAGCCGAGUUUUGGGUGGACAAGGCUGCCAAGUUAUUGCCGGGGAACCCAGCAGUCUUUAACCUGAAGGAGCGUCUGUUGAGUCGUCAAGGUCAGCAGGGCUGGAACCGACUGUUUGACCUCCUUCAGGCUGAACUGGCAGCACGACCAGGAGAUGCGCAUGUCAACGUGAAGCUGGUCCAGCUCUUUUGUCAGGACGGUCGACUGGAGGAGGCUGUUAAGCACUGCUUGGCAACUGAGAGGAAGAGCUUGCUGCGCCACAGUCUGGACUGGUACACUGUGGUGGUGCAGACGCUUCAGGAUUACCUGACUCAGCCCAGUGUAUCCAGCAAUGACAAGAUGUGUCGACGUCUUCAGAGUGAGCUGCUCUUGGCCCACUGCAACCUUGUGAGAAUCACACUCUCUGGAAGCGCUGUGCAGUCCUGCCUUGACGCUCUCAAGUGUUUUGACUGCACUAUGCAGAAGCUGAGCAGUGUGGCAAGCCGGCACACGGAUGACCUUUGCGAGAUGUUUGUGGAGAUGCGAGCUCACCUGUACCUGCAUGCUGGCACACUGCUCUUGAAGCUGGCACAGGAACGCCUACAGACAUGGCGGGCAGUCAUCGACCUGGCGGCACUCUGCUAUUUGCUGGCCCUGCAGGUUCCCAGGCCAAAGAUGACCAAAAGGGAUCAAUCUACCCCGCAUCUUCUCGAGCUGCUGGCUAACGACAGACAGAGUCAAGCUGGCCAUAUGCUACUCAAUCUUAGCACUGAUCCGUGCAGCUUGAUCAGAGAGGUGGUGGAGGCAUUUGGCAACCGUAGCGGUCAAGACUCUCUUGUUGAACUAUUGUUUGGACCGCAGGCCUCUACUGGCUCUUCUUUCAUUGCCAAUGAUGACAUCCGGUCCAUUCGAGCACAAGCUCCAGAAAUUUCUCAGCUAGCCAAGUGGGAUGCAGGUUCUAUCCUUUUAUAUUGCGGAGACUUGCAACAUUUGAGCUGGUUAGGGUUGCAGUGGGCCCUUUUAGGCCAAAGACCAUCCUUGAGGACCUGGCUACAGCAACUCUUCCCCAGACUUAACCUAGAAACUUCCAAACUGGACACAAAUGCACCAGAGUCCAUCUGCCUUCUGGAUUUAGAGGUAUUUCUACAUGGUGUGGUGUUCUGCAGCCAUUGUCAGCUACAAGAGACUGCAAAGUUAAAUCGUGGAAUAAACCAGCAGCAACAACAGCUCUACGAGCCUCGCUGCCUCCCUCUUUCUGUCCUUCGCCUCCUGACCACAGAGAGACAGAGGGAGUGGUGGGAUGCCAUCUAUAGUCUGAUUCACAAACGAGCAGCUCCUGGCAUGUCAGCGAAAUUGCGAAUGAUAGUACAACAUGGACUGAACACAUUGAGAGCCGGAGAGAAACAUGGGCUGCAUCCAGCACUGGCAAUAUACUGGGCUCAGUGCCUCAGCCAAACGGGUGAUGGCGUUAACUCAUACUAUGACCAGAAGGAAUACAUCAGCCGCAGUGUCCACUACUGGAAAGUUGUACUUCCACUGUUGGACAAGAUCAAAAACAGACGAAGUAUACCAGAACCUCUUGACCCCCUCUACAUACAUUUUGCAUCCAAAGAUAUUCGGGUCUCCUCUGUGAAGGGUUUUGAAGAAGAGGCCAAAAUAGCACAUGCAACUCUGCUUGACAUUGAAGGCAAGACAGAGGAGGCCAUUGCCACAUUGGAAUCAAUCAAUAACAUGUCAUCUGUCUGGCAUUUGGCUCAGAUCUAUCAGCGGCUGUCUGAGGAGGCCAGUAAUGGGGUUGAGGAGACACAGGACAGGUGCAUCACUUUUCUGAAGAAAUUCAGGAUUUAUCUAUUAAAGAUCUACAAUGCCAAUAUGGAUGACGUUGAAAAACUUCCAGUGUCCAUGGAGGAAAUUGUGGACCUUCUAAAUGAUGUGAACCAGCAACUUGGCGAGAGUGGAGAGGAUGACGAAGAAGAGAAGAAUAAUGGUUUUCGGGGACCAGCCCAUUCAAGUGCCACCAUAUCUCACAUGAAGUUUUCCAGUCCCUCACCUAGCAAAACCCUUGUUUCUCCUUCCAAACGACACCUGAUUUCUCCAAAGACACCACCUCACUGGGUGGAGGACCAGAAAAGUCUCCUUCAAAUGUUGUGUCAGCAAGUUGAAGCCCUUAAGAACGAGGUCCAUGACCUGAGACACAACUCUUCAGCAAACAUGAGCUCUCCUCAUCACAAAAUGUAUGCUGAGAGCUAUGGCGCUGAAGGCCUGCAAGAGUCUUUCACUCCUGUGCAGUCCUACCAUGGGGCCCCCUUGACAGUUUCCACUACAGGUCCCCCAGCGUACUACAAUCAGUCUCCAGCAUAUAACUCUCAAUAUCUCCUGCGCACAGCUACAAAUGUAACCCCCACAAAGGGCCCAAUGUAUGGUAUGAACCGUAUGCCACCUCAGCAGCAUAUGUUUGCCUAUCAGCCGCCGACCCAUACCCCUCCAAUGCAAACCGCCCCUGCUUGCGUAUACCCUCCUCAAGAACAGACCUUCGCUCCCCCGCUGCGGUUUGAAUCGCCGGCAACCAGCCUCCUAUCACCGUAUAGCGAAGAUUAUUAUGGACAGAGUGCAACUCACCAAACCACCAACCCUCCUUUACCCGAACCUGGUUAUUUCACUAAACCGCCUGUCAUUCCUUCUCAGCCACCAAAGAACAUUGAGGGGAAAUCUAUUGAUUUCGGGAAGAUUUCCUUUAGUCAGGAGGCACCUGCUGAAGUACCCAAAGUCCCGAGUUUUGGAACAAGCGUAAUUUCGCAGUCAACACCAUCACCUGCCUUUAAAUUCAACUCUAACUUUAAAUCCAAUGAUGGCGAUUUCACUUUCUCAGCAACCAAAGCAAAGCACAGUGAAAGUUUGCUCGGUCUUCUUACAUCUGACAUCCCCAGUAAGACAGAUGCUUUGCCAGAGAAGGCUCCUGCUCAAGAGCAGACAUCGGGCCAAGCGAGCAUUUUCACCUUUAGCAAUAAAAAUUCUUCCGGGUUCUCGUUUGCUAAUACAGCACAAAGCACAGGCCCCCUGUGUCUGUUUGGUAAAGUAGAUCAGCCAUUUAAAUUUGGGGAAGUUACGCAGCCAGUCUUUGGUAAUGCUAAGUCUGUACCUGAAGAUGAAAAUGCAGCCGAUAGUGACAAUGAUAGCACUCAUGCUGAAGAGGAGGAGGAGGAUGACGAUGAUGAUGACGGUCCUCACUUUGAACCCAUUGUACCACUUCCUGAUAAGGUUGAUGUGAGAACAGGUGAGGAAGACGAGGAGGAGUUGUUUUGCAAUCGAGCAAAGCUGUUUAGAUUUGACAUGGAGACAAAAGAGUGGAAGGAACGAGGCAUUGGCAAUGUUAAAAUAUUGAAACAUAUCACUACGGCGAAGAUUCGACUAUUAAUGAGACGGGAGCAAGUCUUGAAGGUAUGUGCUAAUCACUACAUAACCACUGACAUGAAACUGAAACCUAAUAGUGGUUCAGAUAAAUCAUGGGUCUGGAAUGCCAUUGAUUAUGCAGAUGAACAGCCCAAGUCUGAACAAUUAGCCAUCCGCUUCAAAACAAUAGAUGAGGCAUUGCUGUUUAAGAGUAGGUUUGAAGAAGCCCAGAGCAUGGUCGAAGCACAGAGCAUCGUAGUGAAAUCAACUGAGGAACAACAAGAGAAGAAAGAAGACGAUGUAAAAACUCCUAGCCCUUCGGAAUCCUUGACAGCAAAGUUUGCAAUAAAAGAAGGCCAAUGGGAUUGCACUGAAUGCUUUGUGAGAAAUAAACCCGAGAGUGUGCGGUGCGUUUCUUGUCAAAGUGCCAACCCCAAGUCCACCGCAACACCAGACAAGGAGACUGAAGAUAAAACAAAAGGCGCUCCCUUUACUUUCAAGUUUGGGACAAGUGAUACUUUCAAGUUUGGGACAAGUGAAUUAAAAAACAGUUCUGGCCCCACCUUUCCUGGAUUUAGCACUUCCGGAACUUCAUCCGCCUCGUCUUUUACAUUUGGCAUAAAUUCAAGUAAACCUGCCGACACAAUCGAGAAACAAAGUGCGUCUGCAAGCACAAACUCCGAGUCCAUUGGGAGUUCUGGGUUUGGCACCCAAUUUACAAAGGAACCAGGUCAGUGGGAGUGUGCUGCGUGUUGGGUAAAAAAUAAAAAGGAUGCAGAGAAUUGUGUAAGCUGUUCAAAUCCCAAGCACAGCAAUGAUUCAAAAGAGUCUGCUCCCAUGGUUGCAAAUCUAUCGACUGCACCAUUUUCAGGUUUUGGAGCUGAUUUGACAAAGGAUGACAAGCAAAGGAGCACAUCAACUUUACAAGCCAUAUUUUCUAAGAAGGACUGUCAGUGGGACUGUGACACCUGUUUAGUGAGAAAUGAAUCCACUAGCAGUAAAUGUGUUGCCUGUUCGACACCAAAUCCCAAUGCGAAAAGUACAAGUGGUACCACUACAUCAGCUUCAGCUUCCCCCUUUACCUUCAACUUCGGAAUCAAAACAUCAUCACCCCAGACGACCAGAACGAGCUUCACUGCACCUUCUGGAGCUGCCAGUUCAUUUCAGUUUGGGCAAAACAAAGUUGAAACCUCAACUGCUGCUGCUUUCAAUUUUGAAGCUUCCCAGUCUGCUCCUAAGACCACAAGUUCUUCCGGGUUCUCUUUCUCAAUGCCCAUGCCUGGAGGUGGCUUUACAUUUGGAAUUCCAGGUACUGAAAAAGAUGAAACCGAAAAGUCCACCCCAUGUGAUCAGAUGGGUUCAGGUUCAGCCUCCAGCUUUCUUAAAAGUAUAGCUGAUAAACACAAGGUGAAAGAAAAUGAUUUUACUCCACCGGAGGUCAGUCAAGAGUUUGAGACAAAUCCAUUAAUAUCAGGUAAAACUAAUGCUUUUAGUUUUGCAGACCUGGCAAAGUCAUCCGGAGGAGACUUCCAGUUUGGCCAAAAGGACCCCAGUUUCAAAGGUUUCUUUGGUGCUGGUGAACAAUUGUUCUCAUCAACACCCACCAAGAUAAACACCACAAAUGAACAGGGGGAAGAUGACAUGUAUAAAACUGAAGAAAACGACGAUAUCCAGUUUGAACCAGUGGUUCAAAUGCCCGAGAAAGUUGAGCUUGUCACAGGGGAGGAGGAUGAGCAGGUUCUUUAUUCCCAGCGUGUCAAACUCUUCCGGUUUGAUGCAAAUACCAGUCAGUGGAAAGAACGCGGGGUGGGAAUCUUAAAAUUUUUGAAAAACAGCUCCAAUGGCAGACUUAGGGUUUUGAUGAGAAGAGAGCAAGUUCUGAAAGUGUGCGCCAACCACUGGAUCACUACCACUAUGAAUCUUAAGCCUCUAGCAGGCUCAGAUAAAGCGUGGAUCUGGAUGGCCAAUGAUUUCUCGGAUGGUGAUGCCAAGCCUGAACAACUGGCUGCCAAGUUUAAAAGUCCAGAACUCGCCGAGGAAUUCAAGGCGAAGUUUGAGGAAUGUCAGCGACUCCUGUUGGACAUCCCCUUGCAAACCCCACACAAACUGGUUGACACAGGCAGAACUGCACAUCUGAUUCAGAAAGCGGAAGAAAUGAAGUCUGGCUUGAAAGACCUGAAAUCUUUUUUGACAGACGACAAAACAAAGAUCAACGAUGAUGACGGCCAGCUUCCAUCCACGAACGUCAAGUCAAUGUCAAGUCUUCUAAUCAAGCCUCACGGUGAAACCACUGGCCCUACUUUAGAGUGGGAUAACUAUGACCUAAGAGAAGAGGCUUUGGAUGACACUGCCGAUUCGUCGGUCUAUGCCUCUCCACUCGCCAGCAGCCCACUAAGAAAGAACCUUUUCCGUUUUGGGGAGUCCAUGGGUGGUUUCAGCUUUAGCUUCCAACCUGGCAUAAGCCCUUCCAAGUCUCCUGCUAAACUUAACCAGAGCCGAUCUUCCGUGGGAACAGAUGAUGAGCAAGAUGUUCCCCAGGAUGAGGAGCGAGAUGGUCUGUACUUUGAACCUGUGGUUCCCUUGCCUGACCUAGUUGAAAUUUCCACAGGUGAAGAAGAUGAACAGGUCGUCUUUAGUCACAGAGCCAAACUUUACCGAUACGAUAAAGAAGCGAGUCAAUGGAAGGAGAGAGGUAUCGGAGAUCUCAAAAUCUUACAAAAUUAUAACACAAAACGGGUAAGGCUGAUUAUGAGGCGAGACCAGGUACUUAAGAUCUGUGCUAACCAGUGGAUCACGGCAGCCAUGAAGCUAGAACCUAUGAAGGGUGCGGAGAAGGCGUGGGUGUGGAGUGCACUGGACUUUGCUGAAGAAGGAGAGGGUAAAGUGGAGCAGUUGGCUGUGAGAUUCAAAUUGCAAGAAACGGCAAACAUGUUUAAGCAGGUUUUUGAUGAAGCCAAGAUUGCUCAGGAGAAACUGGAACUUAUGACCCCCGUGGCAUCCAUCGUUUCUCAGGACAGUGGAGACUCUUCAAAAACUGUGUGUGGGAAGGCAGCAAUUUCUAUUUUGGAAGACACCACAAAGGAACGCACUGAACUCUUCAUUGAUAAGAAAACAUCCGGUUCUCAAACUCCAGUCAACCCCACCAAGUCAGUGAUGUCACCCCCUAAGUUUGUGUUUGGCUCAGACAGUCUUCAGAAGAUAUUUGGCAGUCCAAAAUCAAACUCUGAUAGUGGCGACUGCGAAGCCAGUUUGAAAGUGAAAGAUUCUCCACAUCCCAACAGGGGAUCAUCUGUACCACCUGCCUUCAAAAUUCCACAAAAAGGAGUCAGCAAUGCUGGGUCAGAUGAGGACUCAGAGGUGGAGAUUGUGUAUGUCAGGGAACCCACCGCUGAACAAGCUGCUCUAGCCAAGAAAUUACUGCUGCCGCUCACCUUUUUCUGCUACCAGAAUGAACCAGGCUACGCCAGUGACGAUCAACCUGAUGAUGAGGACUACGAGUCGGCAGUGAAAUCCCUGAAUGGAAGACUUUACCCUGAUCCUCCUGAAAGAGAAGACACUGCAUCUAGGCCAGAACCUGACUGCCAGGUUGUUUGGGAGAAAAAGCCAACGCCCGAGGAGGAGGAGAAAGCCAAGAGCCUUCAGCUUCCACCCACCUUCUUUUGUGGCCUGAGCACUACUGACAGCGACCUGGAUCCCGACAAGACAGAGGACUUUGAGACUGAAGUCCAAAAGGCCCAAGAGGCACUGGACGCCCAGUUAAAGACGGCUGAAAAGGUGUCCAGUGGCCCUGCUGAAGAUCAGACAACGGAGCCGGCCCCAAGCUGCAAGUCUAGCACAGAGGAAGACGCGUCAGAGCAACCAGCAAAUGUGCAGACACAAGCUCCAAGCAGCAACAACACCAGCUCCCCGAUCGACCUGUCAACUAAGCCAGAACCAGAGACCACUACUGCCCCCUCUGCAGUUCCUCCUGCUGUUACAAGUACAGGGACACCCAGCUUUGGCUUCACGGCAAUUGAAGGCUUCUCUUUUGCUGAUCUGGCACAAAAUACAGAAGGCUUUGCAUUUGGAACAAAAGAUUCCAACUUCUCUUGGGCAAACGCAGGCGCGGCUGUAUUUGGUUCUUUGGUUCCUACGUCAUCCAACAAGAACAAUGAUGAGGGUGCAAGUGACGAAGAGGACUCUCCGAAAAAUGUUGACAUACACUUUGAACCGAUCGUUUCACUACCAGAGGUGGAAACCAAGUCUGGAGAGGAGGACGAGGAGAUCCUGUUCAAGGAGCGUGCAAAGUUAUACCGAUGGGACCGCGACCUGGGCCAGUGGAAGGAGCGCGGCGUCGGUGACAUCAAGAUCCUCUACCACCCGGCCAAGCGUUUCUACCGGAUCCUCAUGAGGAGGGAGCAGGUGUUCCGGGUUUGCGCUAACCACAACAUAUCCCAGACAAUGGAGCUGCAGCCCAUGAGCACCUCGGCCAACGCUCUCAUAUGGACUGCGACAGACUACUCGGACAGCGCCGAGGGUGCCGUUGAGCAGCUGUCAGCCAAGUUCAAAACCCCGGAGAUAGCCUCAUCCUUCAAGAAGACUUUCUGCGAAUGUCAAAGCAACAUCAGCCAAAUUGAUGCUUCACACAGUCCCAUGCCGAUGUCCAGAAUUCAGGAGCACUCCAGAGACUCAAACCCGCAGGUGUUCCUUGCAGUAGAGGCAGACGGCCAACCGAUUGGCACUAUCACCGUCGAGCUAUUCGCUCACCUUGUUCCCAAGACGGCGGAAAACUUCAGGGCGCUGUGUACAGGAGAGAAAGGCUUUGGGCUGAGGGGCUCCAUCUUCCACAGGGUCAUCCCGGACUUCAUGUGUCAGGGCGGCGACAUCACCAACAGCGACGGCACAGGCGGAAAAUCCAUCUAUGGCGCAAAAUUCGAGGAUGAGAACUUCGACGUCCGUCACACGGGUCCAGGCAUCCUGUCCAUGGCCAACCGCGGUCGCGAUACCAACAAUUCCCAGUUCUUCAUCACACUGAAAAAGGCCGAACACCUGGACUUCAAGCAUGUGGCUUUUGGCUGGGUUCGACAGGGCGUGGAAGUGGUGCAACGCAUGGGGGAGCUCGGCACAAAGGGAGGCGUCCCCUCCAAGAAGCUUCUUAUUGCUGACUGUGGGCAGAUUUAGACUUUCUGGAUUUUUGAAGCUCGCGCAGUCCAUGUGUAUCAAAGAAUUACACACUGAACACAACACUACUUGUCAAGAGCCACAAAUAUUUUGUAGGGGGCGCUUUGAGCUAUAUCACUGUCCGACGUGAAAAUCUCAUCCAUUUAUGUUGUCUAUAUAGUUGUACAUUGACGUUUUAUUUUGUCUUGCAUGUGUUCAAUUCGAAUGUAUUGGUACUCUUGAAACACACACGAAACGCCCUUUUAGACCAAUCUAAAAAAAUGUUAAUUUAAACAAAUGGAAUGUAAUUUGAAAGCACCGCUUUGUACGUGGUCCACGUUGACUUCCAUGUUCGUGUCAUUUGUCUCCUGCCCAGUAUUCAUUGUUGCCCACAUAAAACGUAACUUCAGUGAAAAUCAGUUGCAGUUCUGUUCAAGAUUGAUUAUGAGCGAGAAAUAAAAAGGCUUUGAGUAA